CACGAACAAAUCCUCCGCAUAUUCCAUUCACACACAUCACCACAACGCGCCAGCACACUCUGCAAGCUUCAAACGCCCAAUUGACAACUCGAAAGAUUCACAAUGGAUGUCUACUACUUCUACAGCUACGGGUCGGCAGCAUGGUUGACACUACAAGCCGCACCCAUGAUUAUCUCCCCUACUAUGAUCGUUGCCCUUCUCUCUCCAGAGGUCCGAGAAGCAUCGACUCUCGAAGUGUACUUCUCCCGGUCGCUGGGCUUCUCCCUCAUAAUCAUAGGCCUCUUAAGCAUUCUACUUACAGGCUCCGUGCCAUUAUCAAGCCGGUUAACCGAAGAAACCGGCGCCAGCACCGACGCCACGGACCCCAAAGCUCCGUACGCGCUUCCCACCCUCACAAUCACCGCAUUCUUCCACGCCGCACUCGCCUUCUACGGAUAUGCCAUGUGGACCGAGACAGGGGUCCUGUCAUUCAGUCUCGGAACGAUCGGCAGCGGAUUCUUCACUGCCGUUGCGCUGUGGUGCGUCCUGUUCGCUAGCUCAGAUGGCCGCAUCAGCAGGAAGACCGGUGCCGAUAAGAGGACGAGCGGGUUUCCUUUCAAGAACGUUGAGGCCGAUAAGAGGAAGGGAAAGAAGGCCAUCUGAGUAACGAGAUAGAAUACUACGUUGGUUGCAUAGGCGCAACCGGC